AUGGGUGCUCCCGAGAACGAUCCUCGUCUCAACCCCGGAAGUCAUUCUCGGGUUAAGCACGACGCAACCAUUAUUCCUGGCAUCGUCAGCCCUCCGCCCAUGAACAAGGAGGAUACACUCAGCGAGCUACCAUCCAAAGAGACGUACAAGAACUACAACGAAGAGAUGAAAAGACCUAGCGCCUCGUCUGUCCGGAAACCCAGCUUCUCAGCAGCAAAGAAUAUCGGAAUCUCAAACCACUCAAACCUGCACAUAAUCCUGCCAUCCUCAGCGUCACGCGCAACCUCAUCUGGUAGUCUUACUGAUAUCGACGGCUGCAUUAUCGACAUGUCAAUCCCAACAACUGAGGGCUCAGCAUUCCCUGGCCUCGCUAUCAAGAAUGUAUCCAAGAGUCUCAUCGUCGGAGGCCGUGUUAACGGCGCGGUCCAUAUCACAGGAGUGUCCGAUAGCAUUAUCGUGGUUGUGGCCAGACAAGUUCGAAUUCACGAGUGCAGCAAUGUCGAUAUCUACUUGCAUUGCGGAAGCCAUCCCAUCAUUGAGGAUUGCUCUGGCAUGCGAUUUGCGCCGUUGCCCACCCCAUACAGAACCGAAGCAGAAGAGCCAGACGAGAAUCAGUGGGAUCAAGUAGAUGAUUUCAAGUGGCUCAAGGCGGGCCACAGUCCCAAUUGGACCACUCUAUCAGAAAACGAGAGGCUCAGCGAUGAUCUUUGGAGGAGUGUUGUGCCCGGCCAGCCUGGCGUCAGUGUAGAGGAAGCUCUAAAGAAGCUCAAUAUUCCACGAAAGUAG